UUCAAAUCCAGCGAUUUUGCUCACUCUAAAAGAGGCUUUCUAAACAAUCCUGAGUUUUAUAGCCGUAAAGACAAACAGAAGACUUCUGAUCAUCAUGUUAAAUGACAUCACUGUAUUUCUAUUGCUUAUCAUCGCUGUUUCAUCAGUUUUUAAUUCAGAGGAUUGCCGAGUAGUGUAUUGGCGUCUCCCCGAAGAGCACAAAGCACUACAGGGUCACGUGAUUGCUACAAUCUCCGUCGAGAGAAGCAGUGCUUGUGAGACCGCGUGUCACCAAGAGCCGAACUGCGUGUCGUGUAACUAUAACCUUGAGGGGCGUACAUGUGAACUUAGUAACAGCAGUCAUCAGACACACCCCGAGAACAUGAAAGACGUCCCGGGAUGGACUUAUAAAGCAUUUGAGCGGGAACCGUUUGCCAGACAGGUUAUGGAGGUCUUGUCGGGCAUCGCUGCAAAAGACGCGACUUCGUUGCCCAUUUUCCCACCACUUUCCACUUGAACGGGUUGAGUUACCAUCCUCUGCCUCUCAUCAAUGUCUUCUCGGUUUCUGUGUGGUUCAAGACAAAUAUCGUAGCCAGCUCCAGCCUUCAGACCAUUUUCUCUAUUGUCGCAAAAGGUCAACCAAAGGUGGACGCUUUCGUGAUAGAUCUGCGCGACAAGCGAAUGAGGAUUGAAAGUACAGGUAAUAACAGAUAUAUCUCAUCCGGGGAACUCCGCGAUGGGAACUGGCACCACGUGGCCUUCACCUGGAGUGCUGUGAAUGGUGCCUGGAAGCUUUACCUCAACGCGACCUUACUGGGUCACGGAAGUGGCUUUUCAACAGGUUUCUCGAUCGAUAGCGGGUAUUUGGUGGUAGGGCACGAGCAGGAUUCGUACGGCGGGGAUUUUGGCAGAGAUGAAGGGUUUCAAGGCAGCAUGGUAGGAUUCAACCUAUGGUCACGUGAGCUGAGCGAGAGUGAGACAGCCCUUCUAGCCUCUUCUUGGUGCGCUCCGCAAGAGGGGGAUCUUGUGAAAUGGUGGCAGUUCUACCAAAGUGACGUCAAUAUCCAGGUCGAGGCGCUGAGAUGCGAAUGAAAUCGAUUGCAAUUGAAGCCGCAAAUAAUCCUCAAAUUAUUACCGUCUGUGCAUCAGCGGCCGUUUGCUUGUUCUGACUCGAGUCGGACCCCCAUCUUUCCCCUCAUCGAUAAAAUCCCUAAGGCUCUGCUCCUGCUCUGGGUACUUAACUGAUCUGGAUUAAACUACUUUUAAACAGAUUCGAACACUUUUACACUGAGAUCUUUGCAAAACAAGGACAUAUUACAUAUAUUUUGAUCAAUAAAAAUGCCGCCGUUUUAAUCGAGUGAGACUGGUACGAGUGCCUGUCGGCCAAUCAGUUUGCUCGUAAGAAAAUCUCGAGAGCCAAUAGCAAUGCAUUUUAUAGAUCCUCACUAGUUUGCUGGGGGUCCUGUACAAGCAAUCGGCCCCUAUUUCACAGACAGUGAAUACAGAAAGUUUUGCGGUCGUCACGCAUUCUAAAGCCACAAGACAGUUGAGAAAACAGUAUUUUAUACAGGGCUUUUAAAAGUUACUAUUUAAAAUAAAUGCAGUAAAAACAAAUUAACCAAAACAAAGCAUAGCUUUAAAACAUCAUUAUAUAAUAAUUCAAUAAAAAAAAAUCAAUUUUCAUUGUUUGUUGUCAAACAUUUGUUUUGAAAUGAAUACACUUCUUGUCAGAGAAAAA